CAAAAUGGCGCUGUCCAUAGUAAUUGGAAUUUGUUACAUCUUUUGGUCCUUUUUAAAGGUUUACAUUUUCGGUUUUCUGGCAUUGGUGCGUCAGUUACUACAGAGACAUAAAAUUCCAGAGUUGCAGUUGAGAACUGGAAAAAUUGCCCUGGUGACUGGUGGUACAAGUGGUAUUGGGUUUCAUGUCUCACUGGGUCUGGUGUCCAAAAACAUCCAUGUGAUCAUGGGUGGUCACAACACUGAAAAAGGGAAAGAGGCCAUCAGGAAAAUUAGAGAAGAAUUUCCUAAUGCUAAAGUGGACUUUAUGCAUUUAAAUCUGGCCUCCUUUAAAUCUAUACAGGAUUUUGUUGAAAAUGUAAAGGCAAGAUGCUCCAGCAUCCAUAUACUGGUGAAUAAUGCUGGUGUAAUGUUUGCACCAUAUGAAGAGACUACUGACAGUCUAGAAAGCCAUUUCCAAAUAAAUUAUUUAGGACACCUAUAUCUCACACAGUCUCUAAUGGACAUUUUAAAGAAUUCUGGUACAGAUGAAUUCUAUAGUCGUAUCAUUAACCUCUCAUCAGUAGUCCAUAAUGUGGGAUCACUAAAUCUACUUAACUUUGGAAGAAGGUAUUCACAUUGGUGGGAAUAUUCACCUCAUGCAGCUUAUUCAGAUUCCAAGCUUUACAUAGCCCUCUCCUCCUGGGGUCUCAGUGAACAACUAAAACAAGAAAAUUCCAAGGUGACGGUCAACACCCUGCAUCCUGGCAUUGUUAAUACAGCUCUCUACAGACAUGUCCACUGGUCCAUCAAGUGGCUUCUGGAUAUUGUUGCUAGGUUCACUUAUUUGCCACCACCAGAGGGAGCUGAUACUAUACUUUAUCUGGCCUUAUCACCAGAUGUGGAGAGAGAGACUGGAAUUUAUUAUGAUAAUUGUCAAGAACAGAAAACAUGUCAGAUGUCAUACAGUGAUGAUAUCAUCAAUCAAAUGCAGGAUAUUUCAAAUGAUACCAUACAGGACAAAAGUCAGUGAAGAAGAAAGAAAAAGGUCAUCGGGUAUAAUUGUGUGAAACUUUGAAAAUGAUGUUGAGUUGAUUUCCCAGAUAUACAUGCAUGUAUUUGUGCCAAUUAUUUGUUUGAUUGUUAGAUUCUUUGAUAAUAAAAGCAAAACAAAAA